AUCCUAGAAGGGGGUCGGGGGAAGGCUGCCAACUGACUACUAGAGUAACAUGAAAAUGAAAUUAGAGGUGCCUCUGGCAUUAUGUCUUCUCAACUCUUUAGUCCUAUGUGGUGAAAUAUAGUGUUCUACUGGAUUUUGAAUGCUAUGACUAACAUGCCAUCUCAAAUCAAAUUCUUAACAGUUUCUGGUGAUGACUACCAUUCAUAAUACAUAAAAUAGGUAGUAGAGGAAGCUGAGGUUACUGGGGUACAAAGCCGUCCCUAAUUAACACCAUGUCCCUUCCUGGCGGCCCCAGCUCUUUCCCGGGUUUUCGAAGGAGCCAGAGGCCGGGCUGGCACUGGAGUGCUGAGAGAUUCCCACUUGCUGCUGCCCAGGUCCAGUGAUCCGCUUCUGAUAUGUCUAACGGUCCCCUCUGUCCUGGAGCUUUCAGAGGAUCUAAACGUCAAACUUCCCAUUUUAUUUAGGGAUAUUCCAAGUGGCCCAUCAGUCCAGAUGAGCUAGAGGAGAGCCCCUGAAGCGCUUCUUUCAGUGCCCCGCUCUAAGCUCAGGGCAGCUGGGCUCCGAGAGCCUCGGUGGGGUAGGAAGAGGCUCGCGCUGCAGGAAGGCGCUGUGGUCCGCAGGAACCUUUACUUCCGGGCAGCCCCGGAAACCGGAAGAGCGCAGGGCGUGCGGCAAUGGCGGCGGCCGUGGUCCCGGCCCUGAAGCACUGGCGUACUACGCUGGAGCGGGCGGAGAAAUUCGUGUCGCCAGUCUACUCUAGCCACGACUGUAACCUCCGCAGCAGGCUUUACAGGGACAGCUGCCCAGUGGCCGGGCUUUCCAGUUUCUUGACGCCUGAGAGGCUCCCCUACCAGGAGGCAAUCCAGCAGGACUUCUGCCCAGCGCAAGUCGGGGACAGCUUUGGACCCACAUGGUGGACCUGCUGGUUCCGGGUGGAGCUGACCAUCCCAGAGGCAUGGGUGGGUCAGGAAGUUCAUUUUCGCUGGGAAAGUGAUGGAGAGGGCAUGGUGUGGCGUGAUGGGGAACCAGUUCAGGGUUUGACCAAAGAAGGGGAGAAGACCAGCUAUGUCCUGACUGAGAGACUAGGGGAAGGAGACCCCCGGAGCCUGACCCUCUAUGUGGAAGUCGCCUGCAGUGGGCUCCUGGGGGCGGGGAAGGGCACCAUGAUCGCAGCCCCAGACCCAGAGAAGAUGUUCCAGGUGAGCCGGGCUGAGCUGGCCUUGUUCCACCAGGAUGUCCACAAGCUCCUGGUGGAUCUGGAGCUGCUGCUGGGCAUGGCCAAGGGCCUCGGGGAAGACAACCAGCGCAGCUUCCAGGCCCUAUACACAGCCAACCAGAUUGUGAAUGUUUGUGACCCUGCCCAGCCCGAAACCUUCCUGAUGGCCCAGGAUCUGGCCUCCAAGUUCUUUGGCCAACGUGGAGGUGAAAGCCAACAUACUAUCCAUGCCAUGGGGCACUGCCACAUUGAUACAGCCUGGCUUUGGCCCUUCAAAGAGACAGUGCGGAAAUGUGCCCGGAGCUGGGUAACAGCUGUGCAGCUCAUGGAACGGAACCCCGAGUUCAUCUUUGUCUGCUCCCAGGCGCAGCAGCUGGAGUGGGUAAAGAACCAGUACCCUGGCCUGUAUUCCCGGCUCCAGGAGUUUGCCUGCCGUGGGCAGUUUGUGCCCGUGGGGGGCACCUGGGUGGAAAUGGAUGGGAACCUCCCCAGUGGAGAGGCCAUGGUGAGGCAGUUUCUACAGGGCCAGAACUUCUUCCUGCAGGAGUUUGGGAAGAUGUGCUCAGAGUUCUGGCUACCAGACUCGUUUGGCUACUCAGCACAGCUUCCCCAGAUUAUGUGCAACUGUGGCAUCAGGCACUUCCUGACCCAAAAACUGAGCUGGAACUUGGUGAACUCAUUUCCGCACCAUACUUUUUUCUGGGAAGGUCUAGAUGGCUCCUGUGUGCUGGCCCACUUCCCACCUGGUGACUCAUAUGGUAUGGAAGGCAGUGUGGAGGAGGUGCUAAAGACUGUGGCCAAAAACCGGGACAAAGGGCGGACCAACCACAGUGCCUUCCUCUUCGGCUUUGGGGAUGGGGGCGGUGGUCCCACCCAGACCAUGGUGGACCGCUUGAAGCGGCUGUGCAAUACAGAUGGGCUGCCCAGGGUGCAGUUGUCUUCUCCUGGGCAACUCUUCUCGGCGUUGGAGAGCGACUCGGGGCAGCUGUGCACAUGGGUCGGGGAGCUCUUCCUGGAGCUGCAUAAUGGCACCUACACUACUCAUGCCCAGAUCAAGAAGGGGAAUCGGGAGUGUGAGCGCAUCUUGCAUGACGUGGAGCUGCUCAGCAGUCUGGCCCUGGUCCGAAGUGCCCAGUUUCUAUACCCAGCAGCCCAGCUGCAGGACCUCUGGAGGCUCCUGCUCCUGAAUCAGUUCCAUGAUGUGGUGACUGGAAGCUGCAUUCAGCUGGUGGCAGAGGAAGCCAUGUGCCACUAUGAAGACAUUCGUUCCCAUGGCAACACACUACUCAACACUGCAGCUGCAGCCCUGUGUGCUGGGGAGCCAGGUCCUGAGGGCCUUCUCAUUGUCAACACACUUCCUUGGAAGCGCACUGAAGUGUUGGCCCUGCCCAGGCCUGGCGGGACCCACAGCCUAGCCCUGGUGACAGUGCCCAGCAUGGGUUAUGCUCCUGCUCCUGCCCUAACCUCACUGCAGCUCCUGCUUCCCCAGCAGCCUGUGUUUGUUGUGCGAGAGACUGAUGGUUCUGUGACUCUGGACAACGGUAUCAUCCGGGUGAAGCUUGACCCGACAGGCCGCCUGACAUCCCUGGUGCUGGUGGCCUCUGACAGGGAGGCUAUUGCUGAGGGUGCUGUAGGAAACCAGUUUGUGCUGUUUGAUGAUGUCCCCCUGUACUGGGAUGCGUGGGACGUCAUGGAUUACCAUCUGGAGACAAGGAAGCCAGUGCUGGGCCAGGCAGGGACCCUGGCAGUAGGCACUGAGGGCGGUGUGCGGGGCAGCGCUUGGUUCCUGCUGCAGAUCAGCCCCAACAGUCGGCUCAGCCAGGAGGUUGUACUGGACGUCGGCUGCCCCUAUGUCCGAUUCCAUACUGAGGUACACUGGCACGAAGACCACAAGUUCCUGAAGGUGGAGUUCCCUGCCCGUGUUCGGAGCCCUCAGGCUACCUAUGAGGUUCAGUUCGGGCACCUGCAGCGGCCUACCCAUCAAAACACCUCUUGGGACUGGGCUCGAUUUGAGGUAUGGGCCCACCGCUGGAUGGACCUGUCGGAGCACGGCUUUGGGCUGGCCCUGCUCAAUGACUGCAAGUACGGGGCAUCGGUUCGGGGCAGCGUCCUCAGUCUCUCACUCUUGCGGGCACCUAAGGCCCCCGAUGCCACUGCUGACAUGGGGCGCCACGAGUUUACAUAUGCGUUGAUGCCACACAAAGGUGAGUGCUACCUUGCCCCUUCUCUUCAAACCUCGGUUUUUCCAAGUCAGUGGGGAAAACUGCUGCCCUAUGCCCCUAUCUCCUUUUGCACCACUCGCCCCUUUCCGGCCUCUGCCCAGGCUCUUUCCAGGACGCCGGUGUUAUCCAAGCAGCCUACAGCCUCAAUUUCCCACUGUUGGUUCUGCCCACCCCAGGCCAGGUGCCCAUGGCUACCUGGAGUGCCUUCUCUGUGUCCUCCCCAGCUGUGGUGCUGGAGACCGUCAAGCAGGCAAGGAGUGGGGUGGCGUGGGUCUGGGUGGGGUCCGCCCUUGGCCCUGCCCACCGCCCACUUCCCUCUUCAGGCGGAGAGCACCCCCCAGGGCCGCACACUGGUGCUCAGGCUGUACGAGGCCCAUGGCAGCCACGUAGACUGUUGGCUGCGCACGUCACUUCCAGUUCAGGAGGCUGUCCUCUGUGACCUCCUAGAGCGUCGAGACCCUGCUGGCCAUCUGCCCUUUAGGGACGCCCGCCUGAAGCUCACCUUUUCUCCCUUCCAAGUGCAGUCUCUGUUGGUCGUGCUGCAAGCCCCACUGAAUUGAGAUCUUGAGUAUGGGGAUUGUUUGGGGAAGGCCUUGGGGGCUACCUUCCUGGCCCAAAGCAAGGAUGAGUCACCUCUUGAACAAUAAAAUCUUGGU